AUGAACGCUAAAUUUCCCAUCCUCCCAACUCACUUGUCAACCUCGCCUCAUCGUCGUGGUUCAGGUAACUCCUUCCAAUCUAAAAUCCUUUCUACGCCAUGUUCCAAUCGAACACCUGCCAGAUCCACGUCGACGAAGAAAGCGUGUCUUCCUCGGAUGUCACCAUCUCCUCGGAUUGGAAGAACACCAGUCUCUACUACCAAACUAACAACUUCACAAUGUGGCGAUCGGUUUAUUCCAUCUCGUCGCUCCAUGAACGUCAGCUUGUGUCGUCGUUCUUUGUUCUCCAAGGAACCAACCGAUGACGAAGCUCGGGAUGAUACACCGAGCUCUCAACAACACAGCAAGCUCUUCAAGAAAUCCUUAUUGAGCUCUCUGUGCGACUAUCCCAUCGAGUCCUUGGAUGACAACGCCAAACCGAAAUCUCUGUUUCGGUCUGGGAAUCGUGAAGCGCUAUCUUGCGUGCCGAAGACGCAAGUACGAUUGGAAGAUCCAUACUCGCACAACAUUCUAGGAGUGGGUUUCACUCGGUCAAGCCAUGAUAAUGGAAUCUCACUGCAACAAAAACCUUCCCGCAAAGUUGUGUCAGACAAACCGUUCAAGAUUCUCGACGCAGAGGGCAUCAAGGACGACUAUUAUAUGGAUCACAUAAGCUGGAACAAGGACAAUGUAUUGGCGAUUGCACUUGACAACAUUGUCUACCUUUAUGACUAUGCCACUUCGAAUAGCUUUGAACUAGCAACAUAUGAUCAAGGACAUGACAACUACGCUUCAACAGUCUCGUGGUGCAACUCAAGUGAAAACUCGAGAUUUCUCGCGAUCGGAACCAACUCGUCAGCCGAGAUCUGGGACGCGCAAUCAGGACAGAAGCUUCGCAACCUCCGUGGGCACCAAGGACGAGUUCUGUCGUUGUCAUGGAACCAACACUGUCUGACAACCGGUGGAGAAGACUCGAUGAUCCUUCACCAUGAUGUCAGAUGCCGAUAUUCGUUGGUUUCACGCUGUGCCGCUCACGAACAGAAGGUAGUGGGAUUGAAGUGGAACAGAGAUGGAGAUAUGCUUGCCAGUGGUGGUAACGACGACUUGAUGUGCAUCUGGGAUUUGAGAAUGUCUCCUAGCCGAAACCGAGCCUUGGAGCCUCGUUUGCAGCUACGGGAGCACAACGGUGCAGUAAAGGCCAUUGACUGGAACCCUCAUCGUCGGGGAGUACUAGCUAGUGGUGGCGGAGCGAGAGACAAAACAAUCAAAAUUUGGAACUCGCAAACCGGAGCGCUUUUCAGCUCAACAGAUACUGGGUCUCAAGUCACUUCAGUUAUGUGGAGCCAGCAUCGCAGUGAGUUGUCCAGUGCACAUGGCUUCGAUGACCAUUUGAUGAAGCUAUGGGAUUAUGGACACGAUUCAAGCUUGACCAAGACGACGGAUUUUGUGGGUCAUUCGUCACGUAUUCUGAGCACGGCGUGCAGUCCCGAUGGAUGUCAAGUAGUAUCGGCUGGAGCAGACGAAAGUCUUUGCUUUUGGGAUGUUUUUGACGAACCUAUUCGCAAGCGUUUAUUGCCCUGUGCUUCGAGUAUAUGGGGCGAAGUAUCACUUGGGGAUCAUGUUAUCCGAUAG